AUGGCAUUAUCUCAAGUCUCUGCGUCUCUGGCCUUCUCUCUUCCCAAUCCUGGCUCCAUAAAGCUAGCCGGAAUCACAAACCAUAGUAGGGUUCAUGUUCCGCAACUUGCUGGAAUCCGAUCAACCUUCGCUACGGGUUCACCUCUCUUGCCAUUGAAUUUGAGAAUGACUCGUGGAGGAAGAAGAAGUGGAAACAGAGGAGCAUCAGUUUCCAUUAGAAGUGAGCAAAACACAGAAGGAAGUAGCGGUUUGGACAUAUGGCUUGGUCGUGGCGCUAUGGUUGGUUUUGCAGUUGCCAUUACAGUUGAGAUUGCUACUGGAAAAGGACUUCUUGAGAAUUUCGGGGUAGCGGGUCCAUUGCCUACGGUUGCUUUGGCUGUUACAGCGUUGGUCGGUGUUCUAACUGCGGUUUUCAUCUUCCAAUCUUCUUCUAAGAACUGA